CGCAGGCUGCACGCGGUCACGCAAAUGUGAAGGAUCGCGCGGAAUGCGUCUUGGCGCUCCGAGCUUGAGCUGGAGCUCAUGAAAGGCGCUCUGGGCGCGAGACCCUCUGCAACCCUUUUUUUUAAUCAUGGAUUUAACGGCAUUUGUGAAGGGAAAAUAUACUCUUUAAACUGGAUCAGCUGCAUUGCCGCAGACUAAAACAUUUUACUUGGCUAAUAAACAUUAAAUAUUUCCAAAGAAAAUGUCCAGACCAAAGGUCUUGGAGCGACAGGGAAGCGAUGACUCGGACACGGACCUGCUGCUCGCGACACUCUCACCGGAGGAAGUGGAGGAGCUCGAGCGGGAGCUCGUUUAUAUCGAUCCCGACCCGAACGUACCGGUGGGACUCCGCCAGCGGAACCAGACGGAGAAACUACCGUCCAGAGGAUAUGACAGAGAGGCUAUGCUUGUCUACUGCGAGCGGGAGACCAAGAAACUGAUCCGGAGAGAGUUGAGCGUAGAGGGAGAGGCAAAAGGGGAUGGCAGAAGGAGAGAUCGACUCCGCCGGAUGAGAAGCAGAGAGUUUUCCAGGUCACAGAGUGGCGAUCCUCCCGACACAGAGAGCAGAAACGCAGAGAGUGAAAAAGAUAAGGAGCGAGCGAGAAAAAGGGAGGAUGACUUUAAAGCUUUACCUGAUGAAGGAGAAAAAGGCAGAGAGAAGAAAAGGGAGGAAGAGAAAAGAGAAGGUGAGAAGACGGGCAAUAAGAUGGAAAGUGGAAAAGACCUUUCGAGAAAAGAGAGAGGAAGCAGCAAAACUCUAGACCUCAUAUCCAAACUACAAGAGAAAAAAGAGGAUAUGAAAGAAAGAGGGAAGAAGGAGGAGAAAAAAGUGAGUGAAAACUCCAAAAUACGAGGGUUUGUCUCCAAACUGCAGGGGGAUAAAGACGCCGAAGACCUAAAAGUAAAAAACAAUAAGGCAGAUGUCAAGAAACAAGAUGAAAGCAAAACUAAAACCAUAGAGGAACCCAAGAACAACAGAGCAGUAGGAAGAGUAAACCUAAAAGAUGUAGAAACAGUGGAGAAGAAAAGCAGAAGUAGAAAUGUAGAAGAGAAGGAGAGAGAAAAGAAGGAUGAGAAAAGUCAUACAACCACACCACAAAAAGAGAAAGAAAAAGAACAAGUGAAACAAUCAGAAAACAAUGAGGUGAAGAUAUUUAGCAAUUCCAACCGAAACAGCUCAGGGAACUGUCAUGGUGCGGAUGACCGUUCUGUUACCACUGAGGAGGACGAGUCUUUUAGUGAAGAUUUGGACAGUGAUACUGGCUCCAGCAUGUUUGAUGACCUUCUAGAGCAGGUCCGCAGUGAUGACCCUGAACUAACAGAGGUCAAUGUUAAUAAUUCAGAUGCCAUUAAGGCAGACACCCUGAUACAGUUUGCCGAGGGUCUUCGCAGCAACACUCACGUCAAAACCUUCUGCCUCGCAAACACGAGAGCGGAUGAUCAUGUUGCCUUCGCCAUCGCUGGAACCCUGCGAGAUAACUCAACCCUGACCGGAAUCAACCUUGACUCGAACCAUUUGACAGGCAAAGGCAUCCUGGCCAUCGUCAACUCUCUGCAGUACAACAGCACGCUCAUGGAGCUGAGGUUUCAUAACCAGAGGCACAUCUGCGGAGGGAAGACUGAGAUGGAGAUGGCCAAUGUCUUACGUGACAACUCUUCUCUGCUGAAGUUGGGAUAUCAUUUUGAGCUGGCUGGGCCCAGGAUGACCAUGACAAACAUCUUGAGCCGAAACAUGGAUAGGAAGCGACAGCAACGACUAGAAGCGCAAAAACUCGCCAGAUUGGAAAGCGACUCCACUCACAAAACCCCACGUGAAGAUAAGAGCUCAGCUGAAAAAAAUAAGUCUAUCAACACUCAUAAGAAAGACUCUAAAUUUGUCGCUAUUUCAAAAUUCACCUCUGCUCAGGAAACUCCCAAAGCUCCGCCCACAAAGUCACCAUCUAAACCCCUCCCCUCUGAGGUAACAGGAAAGAAAACAGGGGCAACCAGAAGUCGACAAGCUCCUCCUCCUCCUCCACCCCCUCCCAGCCCAGCGUUAGAUGUUCAGGCCCUGAGGAGGUCGCUGACCCCAAUCUCUCAGAGGAAACCAGACAGCAGUGCUGCUGUCCGACAGACGGACAGAAGCUCCAGAGAUCAGCUCCUGGACUCUAUCAGAAACUGCAGCAUGAAUGCUCUCAAAAAGGUUGAGGUCCCUAAGCUGUUGAGAUAGCAUCUGUCCAGUGUAUGUGCUUCUACCAGAUUCCCCUGCAGCGCCCCAUCAUCACGGGGGAGUCAUUGAAUCAUCAAGAUGAGAUUCCUCCUUAACUGGCUUAGACACUCUGAAAUACAGAUUAUUGGGAUUAUCUGAUAUCUAAACAUCUGAGGUGGGACACUUGAGUGUGAUUUUUCCCUGGACUGACAGUUAACCAGUCAACAUUCAAGCUGUGAUGGGCAUCUGUUGAGGUUUAAGGACCCUUAGAGAAAAGAUUUUUAGACCUGUCUUGAAUCAUUAUUCUGUCUAUAUAAGUAGAGAUCUGCCUUGAUGUGUUUGUUAAAGUCAGCAUAAAAUGGAAGUUGCAAUAGUCUUCCUUCUCUACAGUGACGUAUGUGAAACGGCUUCUCAAAGAAGAAAAAAUGUAAGGCUGAACUUGAUUUUGUCCAUCGGGAAUUGAUUGGAUCAUUGUAGUUUGCUAUUGCUGUGAUCUCAUGUGAGUGAAGAGAUGUCAGUGCAGAGAGAGGGGAGCGAGGGGAAGUUAUUUUGAUUAAAGAUUACGAGGGCACACAAAUAAAAUAAUAGUAUUAAUGAUGAUGUUCAUGGAUAAAUACUGCAAUAUUUAAUUAAAAAAUGUCAAACUUUAAAUAGUAGGACAUUUACAUUUAACUACUAUAUUGAAUAUUUAUGAGAUAUUGUGUUCAAUUUCACAAGCAGAUCUGUUUAUGGCCAUGGAUUUUUGCAUCUGGACUUUUGAGAGAAUCUAGUUUGAGUUUCUGUAUUACAAUAUUUACACUGUUGUUUUUUUUUAGGGAAAUUAGAACAAGCUGCUCCCUUUCACAUCUGCAAACAUUAUCAUAUCCAUGGGCAGCAUUUUUUUUAUUUAUCCCCAAAUCAAGAUGAAAACAAGUAUAACUGUUUUUUAAUUGCGAUAAAUACUCUAGAUAUCACUUGAGAAGUACUGAAUUAGCAAUAUUACCAACAUGUAUAUAUAGUCCUGUCUGAUGUGGAUUUAGUCAUUUGAAUCAUAUUUGCCGUGAACUUGAUUUUAUGAAUUUGUUUAUAGUUUGAUAACAGAUUGGUGAAUGAACCUCCACAAGUGGUUCCUGGUUUUGAUUAUGUUUGAUUUUUUAUGAGGAAACAGGGGGUCAAAGAGUGAAAACUAUCUACAUGAACCAAAGACUAUAGAUGCUUGAACUCAAAUAAUCAAAUUAAAUUACUUUUGUUUUUUUCUCUGCAAUGAAUACGUGAUUAAAACUGUAGUGUAAGCUUGUUUUAUGGAUAAAGAAAACAUACCUACAUGUUGUCUCUGUACCACAGUAUCAUUCAAUAUAAUGCAGUUCAUGCAUCCCACCUACAGGUUGAAAAAACACAACAAAGUUAUAAUACAGAAUGAACAGAUGAUGAAAUGUAGACUACCUUUUUUUUUUUAUUAUAUUUUUUACUGGCAUUUCUUUAUAGGAGAAAAUAAUUGAAGACAUGGUCUAUAUGUAGAUUUUGGGGUAGAUUGUAGACUUAUAAUUAGCCCCCUUUUUUUUAGAGCAAAUAACAGCAAUGAAAGCAUUUACACAAAGAAAAAGGAAGUCAUAUUUAUUGCUGAAAGACUGUCUCUCUUGUCCUCUGGCUUUCUUUUUCUUUUGCAACAGUCUUUAUAACAACAUUAAGCUGCAUAAUCAAAUAUGGACUUGCAAAUGCAUCAGUUACAAAAAUGUGUCAACACCACUGCUAAACGGCUUUGUUUCCUUCCUGACCCAAAGUCUGUUGUGCGUUUGCCCUUGCAGCCAUACCGAUCCUACUGCUAAACUGUUAUUGGUUUAUUCUUUUGCAGGUCUCUCUCUCUCUCUCUCUCUCUCUCUCUCUCUCUCUCUCUCUCUCUAUAUUAAAAGCACUGUUCCUCUGUUAACUGAUGGAGCAGACAAGUGAGAGACAGGAAGCAGGUUACAGUGUUGUGUUAUGUUGUAGUUUAUUAUAAAGAGGAUGUCUUGCUUGAAGAGGACGAUAGCAAGUUAGGGAGAAUGAAAACCCAUCUAAAGAUUCUGUCUCUUUUCAUAGUUUUCAGUGGUGUGUUGAUGAAGUCUGGAGGUGUUUUUGAGGGAACAGUGGGUGAAAGGGUGGAGAUCAGAUGUCCAUACCCAGAUGAUUACAGAUAUACACCCAAGUACCUUUGCCGUCAUCCCUGUGGAUCACAGCAUGUUUUGAUUAAAAGUGGAAAGACUGAUGAGGUCGUCAAGAAUGGAAGAUACUCUUUGAUUGAUACUGUGAGUGGAAGGUUCUUUACUGUAACCAUCAAAGAUCUCACACUCAAAGACUCUGGUGAUUAUUACUGUGGAGUUGAUAAAUGGUUCAGUGACAAAUUGAAUAAAGUUCAUCUCUCUGUCCGUUCAGCAGCUCCGGUGCACAGACCUUCACACAGCCCUGAAAACACAAUUAUAACUACAACUGCAUCUACAUGGACGACAACACUCACCUCUGCAGUAGUUACAUCCAAUAACUCUACUUCAUAUGAGCAGUUCUCAUCAACAGUCCAGUCAAAUGGAUCAAAAAAUGGAGAAUUCGUUUUCAGUGUGACUGUGGUGUGUGCAGGUGUUCUGGUGCUGCUGGUGUUUGUGGCUUUAGUGUUUCUCUACAGGAAAAGAUCAGAUUCAAAGUCCAGAAGUUUGAAUCAUCCUGUUCCUGAAAAUUCAGUUCGGGUUUCACCAGAUCUCAAUGGGACUGUAGAUGAUGUCUUUCACAUCUACGAUGAAAUGUUGAACGAGUACAACCUGGUUGGUCCAGCUAGAAAUACCAAUUCUUCUGUAAUAUAUUCCACCGUGCAGCACUGUAAUCCUGCACCUCAGGAUGAUGUGAAUGAUUUUUAUUCACUCAUCACACACCACUGAGGAUAAAUGAUUAGAUCAAUCUCAUGCUCUCUAAAAAAAUUCUUAUACUUGAAACCCUGUUGAUGAGAAGUGAUACAUGUGGUCAACUUGCUAAAAUGGGCAUGACUGCCUGCAAACAUCCUGCUGUGGACAUGUGCGUCAGGUCGUGACAUUAAACUGAACUGCUGUGUUAAUUUAAAAGUGUGAAUUUCCUGUGUAAGUAACAGCAGUAGCUUUUGGGUUGUAUAUGCUAAGUUACAUUUAAAAAAUCAUAUUGUUUGUUUAUUUGUUUAACAGACUGACUGACAGAUCAAAUUUUAAUUAUGUAGGAAUCCAUGGUAAAUUCAUAUUUUUUUUCUUACACCUCUGAGUGUUCUUGUGACUUUUUAGACCGAUGGUGUGUAUUAUUAUUGUGAGACUUUCUUUUCCCCUAGUGUCUGUGUUUGUAUAAUAAAGCUUGUUUAUUUUA